AGUUAAACAUUGAGCAGAAAAUAAAUAUUUAUACAAGAGUAUUUCGCAACAAUACAUUUUUUCCAACUUUUUUUGCAAAAUGGAACUUACUUUCAUAUUUGUUGCCCUUGUACAAUUUUCCUCAUGUGUUUCCUCCAUCUCCACGCCACCAUUAAUCCCCUCCCCCAAUGACCCCGAUGUUAACCUUGACCUCCCCGACUUUAACAAACCCUGCAACAAAACUACCUGCAAACCCGGCCAAUUUUGCACCAAUGGCCUCUGCGCAUGCGCCAAUCCGUCGUAUGAAAUCUAUAACAAGGUCACAGGUCGCUGUGACCGUGUCGUCGGGGCGGUUUGUACGGACCACAACGUCUGCGCGAAGGGAGCGGUCUGUAUUCGCAAACAUUUCGAAAGGCAAACCCCCUCGUCCGCCAGUUUAUACGGGUACAGAGUGACCGAAAUAACGGCAAAUAUUUGCCGAUGUCCGGCCGGAUGGGUGGAGAAUAUAAAUCACGGAUGCGACCUGGCAUAUGGUCAAAUUUGUGGGGGGGAGGAUCUUGUUGGGGUUAAAUGUGACCGGAAUGGUGAUUUGGUCUGUCGCCAAGGUAAGUGUGGCUGCCCAAACGUAUCGGACAAGUAUAACGCUCCCGAGCGGAAAUGUUUGAAAGGUAUCGGGUUAAAAUUGAGGCAUACUCAAAACAAAAAAUUUGUCAAAUCAACACCGCCGGUGUCAGUACAUAAGGAUGGGUGCAACUAAAAGAUUGUAGAACGCUGUAAAAAAUUGUAUUUAGUAAAACGAUAAAUUAAAACGUAUUAUAAAUCUAAAUCUAUAAUUUGUAAAUGCUAAAUACAUGUCUUAUACAUAGACGAUCGUGCAUGAUCAUUGUGACUACACAGAUAUAAAAAUUGGUCAUUUCAUUCGGUUCGUGUCUUUAAGUUUUAAGGUUAUGUAAAAUAAUUUUAACAAAUAAAUUACCUAGGAGUAGUUGAUCGCAGGUUGUCAACUCCAGAUCUUGAUUCCUUUUGCAUAUAAGUGUAGGAAAAGUGAAGGAGGUUUAAACUCUAUGAGCCCUUUUACAUACUUUUAAAUUUUUCCAAGAUCUGAGAAAAGUUUGAUUUUUGGCUGUAUUUUAAACACAAGAAAAUGGAUCUUUCGUAUUUUUCCAAAAUUUGAGUGGGUGUCGGGGUCGCAAAUGGCCACACUUUUUCUACACUCAUUGAGCCCAUAACAUAUCCAAAGGACAUCAAAAUCUGGCGUUGACAACCUCUGACUUGCUACUGGCUAGCAAUAUCAGCUAAUUAAUGAUUUAUGUCAUGUUAACUUGACAUGGACUCCAUGAUCAUACAUAUGCAAAGUCGAUUUUAGAAGAAUUUUGUAGCUGGAUACAUCAAGUAAAUAAUUUUACAUAUUUA